AAGAAAAACAAAAACAUAAGUGAUACCAAAGAGACCCUUAAAAUUAACCAGAUGGACAGGAAAGAGGAUUCCAAGGAAAGCUACUAUUAUAAAUAGGCCUCUUACUCACUCAAUAGAGACUCAUUUCUUGAACCCAAGUAGCACUAAGCAAAAGGUUGCAAAAAGCCCAAUUGCUUAGUUAUCUUAUCUCUGAAUUCUAUUCCCAUGGCUCCUGUACCCAUUUCUUCACUCAAGGUUGGUCACUUAGACGAUAUUCAAGAGCUGAGCAAGAAUCAGCCAACAACUGUCCCAGACCGAUACAUCCGCGACGAGUCCGAGAGGCCGACACAUGUUUCGGCCACCUCCCCUCAAUCUUCAUCCAUGCAAAUCCCUGUUAUUGAUCUAUCAAAGCUGGUUGAAGGCAAUGAAGAUCAAUCACAGACAGAAUUAUCAAAGCUUGCUUCUGCUUGUGAAGAGUGGGGCUUCUUUCAGGUGGUUAACCAUGGGAUCCACCUUGAGUUGCUAGAGAGUAUAGAGAAGAUAACUAUGGAAUUCUUUAAUUUACCUCUAGAGGAGAAGCAGAAGUACCCAAUGCCUCCAGGGACUAUUCAGGGAUAUGGUCAUGCAUUUGUGUUCUCUGAGGAUCAGAAGCUGGAUUGGUGUAACAUGUUAGCUCUAGGAGUUGAGCCUUACUAUAUAAGAAACCCUAAACUUUGGCCAACAGAACCAGUUGGGUUCAGUGAGACUCUUGAGACUUACUCAACAAAUAUAAGGAAGGUUUGUCAAAAUCUAUUGGGAUUUAUAGCUAUGAGCUUGGGAUUGAAGCAAGACAUGUUUAAUGAGAUGUUUGGGGUGGCUGUGCAAGCAGUGAGGAUGAAUUACUAUCCACCAUGCUCAAGGCCAGACCUUGUGUUGGGUCUGAGUCCUCACUCUGAUGGAAGUGCUCUUACAGUGUUGCAGCAAGGCAAAGGCAGUCCAGUAGGACUUCAGAUCCUCAAGGAUAACACUUGGGUUCCUGUUCAACCUGUCCCAAAUGCUCUUGUCAUCAAUAUUGGUGACACCAUAGAAGUUCUUACUAAUGGAAAAUACAAGAGUGUUGAGCACAGAGCGGUGACGCAUAAGGAGAAGGACCGCCUUUCCAUAGUCACAUUCUAUGCUCCAAGCUAUGAGAUUGAGCUUUUUCCUUUGCCUGAAUUGGUGGAUGAAAACAGCCCAAUCUUGUAUAGAAGAUACAAUCAUGGAGAGUAUAGUCGUCAUUAUGUCACUAACAAGCUGCAAGGAAAGAAGACUCUUGACUUUGCCAAGAUUCAGAAUAACGUAUCAUCUUAAGAGUGUAUUGUGAAUAGAAAAUAGCAAUUAAAGAUAAUGGGUCUCGAUCAAGUUCAGUUCCUCAACUAGUCUAUGUAAAAUGCAAAAAUUGAAUAAAGCAAGCCAAAUUGUUGUAGUGUCCUUA